GGCCCUCUCGCAGAGCGGGUGUGGAAGGCUUUAGAAUAAAAGUACAGUAGUGCUUUUAGUGACUGUCAGCAUCAAACCGCUCUGAACCCAGACACACAGCAACUUCGUGGCGCUUUUCUUUCACGUCCCGCUAUGUCCUCAGACAGUACCAUGGACUUGGACUUGGAGCUUGGUGAGUUGCUCCAGGAGUUCCAGGAUGUGGUGGAGGAGCUGAAGGCCCCUUCUCAAAGCAGACCGCAUGCUUACCAGAAAGCACUGCACGAGGCCAAAACUCUCACAGGGCUGAGUGAAGACAGUGGAGUCGAGGACUCAGAUUACAGCAGUGAACCAUCUAUGGGGAACAGUUUGAAUACCAGUGAGGAGGAGCUCCACACAGCAGGAAUAACGCUGGCAUCAAAAGCCAAGCUGGGAGACACAAGGGAUCUUGAGAGUUUUAUCGACAUGUUGGACCGGGAACUUGCUGAGAUGUGAACAGAGAGCAAAAGUGAGCCACGUACAAUAAUGGAGGGGG